AUGAUCCUAUUUUCCAUUCCGAUUCUUCUUCUACUUUUCUUCAAUUUUUCGAUUUCUUAUUCAAAAAUCCAUCACAGAGAUCCAGUCACAUAUUCCAAAUCAAAUAAUUUGAGAAAAUACAACUAUCACGAAGAUUAUUUGAAAGUUCCAAUUGAUCAUUUCACAUUCACAACUGAUUUGGAAUUUAAUUUGAGAUAUUUUAUAAAUACUGAUAAUUACAAAAAAGGUGGACCAAUUCUAUUUUACACUGGAAAUGAGGGAAGUCUUGAAUCAUUUGCUGAAAAUACUGGAUUUAUGUGGGAUUUGGCACCUGAAUUGAAUGCCGCUGUUGUUUUUGUUGAACAUCGAUUUUAUGGAAAAUCAAAACCAUUUGGAAAUUCAAGUUAUUCGAAUAUCAAAAAUCUUGGAUAUUUAUCAACUGAACAAGCAUUGGGAGAUUUCGCUUUUGCUGUCGAAUUUUUCAAAAAUGGAAAAACAAUUCCUGGAGCUGAAAAUGCAGCUGUAAUUGCAUUUGGUGGAUCAUACGGUGGAAUGUUAGCUGCAUGGUUCCGUAUCAAAUAUCCACAUCUUGUUGAUGGUGCAAUUGCCGCAUCCGCGCCAGUCUUCUGGUUCACAAAUUCUGGCAUUCCCGAUGAUAUUUAUGAUUUUAUUGUAACUCGCGCAUUUCUUGAUGCUGGUUGUAAUCGAAAAGCAAUUGAUAAAGGAUGGAUGGCAUUGGAAGAAUUUGCAAAAACAGAAGAUGGCAGACAAUAUUUGAAUCAAGUUUUCAAAUUAGAUUCGAAAUCUUUGAUCGAAAAACCAGAAGAUAUUUCAUUUUUGAAAGGUUAUAUUAGAGAAUCAAUGGAAGCUAUGGCAAUGGUUAAUUAUCCAUAUCCAACUUCAUUUUUGGGUAAUUUACCUGGUUGGCCUGUAAAAGAAGCUUGCAAAUCUAUUGGAUCACCUGGAAAGGAUAAAGAACAAUCUGCACAACAAUUAUAUAAUGUGAGUUAGAAAAAAUGUCAUGAUUUGUGUUCUCAACCUUUGUCGUUAUCAAGUUUGUUCAGAACUAUUUGGCAUUAUUUUGAAUGACACUUUUUUCUUUCCUUCCCAUAUGGCAAACAUUUUUGAAUUUUUUUCUGAAAAUUUUCAAUUCCUCAUUGGAACUUGAGAUUUUACUGAAAAAAUUUAUGAGAAAUUACAAUUUCAGAUUCUCACGAUUUGAAAAAAACUAAACGAGGGCAAAACUUCUGAAAACUCAAAAAAAAUCUUCUUUUGCUGCUCUAAACAUUGAUUUAUCAAACUUUUUUUUAAAAGUCUUUCUCUAUUUAGAUCGUCAAUUUGUAUUACAACUACACUGGAGAUAAAACAACUCAUUGUGCCAACCCAGAAAAAUGUCAAAAUGCAUUCGAAGCUCUUGGAGAUCCUUUAGGAUGGCCAUUCCAGGUAAACCCUCCCCCUCCCGCAUUUCCUCUAUAUUUUCCAUUCCAGACUUGUACUGAAAUGGUAAUGCCAUUAUGUGGAAGUGGUUAUCCAAAUGAUUUCUUCUGGAAAGAUUGUCCAUUCACAAAUUCCGGUUGGUCGAAAUAUUGUGAAAACACAUUUUCGAACAUUGGCUAUAAUAAAACUUUGCUUCGCUGGACUGCUGGUGGCCGAACUUUUGGUGCAAAAACUCUUCCAUCAGCUUCAAAUAUCGUGUUUUCGAAUGGUUAUCUUGAUCCUUGGUCGGGUGGAGGUUAUUCGAAAAUUGAUGAAGUUCGUGGAUCUGUUAUUAGUGUUAUUUUGAAACAAGGAGCACAUCAUUAUGAUUUACGAGGUGCACAUCCAUUGGAUACUGAAGAAGUUAAAAGAGUUCGAGCAAUGGAAACAACAGCAAUUCGAAAAUGGAUUAAAGAAAAACAACAACGUGUUCGAUAUUAA